GUGCGGGGUGGGCGGCGGGGCGCCUCGCCCGGCUCGCGACUGGGCACCGGCGGGAGCCAACGGUGUGUGCAGCGGUGCCGGCCCCCGCGCCCUGGCGCGCCCGGGCUCGGCCAUGGAGCUACCAGCUGUUGGCGAGCACGUCUUCGCGGUGGAGAGCAUCGAGAAGAAGCGAAUCCGCAAGGGCAGAGUGGAGUAUCUGGUGAAAUGGAGAGGCUGGUCUCCCAAAUAUAACACGUGGGAACCAGAGGAGAACAUCCUGGAUCCUAGGCUGCUGAUCGCCUUCCAGAACAGGGAACGGCAGGAGCAGCUGAUGGGAUAUCGGAAGAGAGGGCCGAAGCCCAAGCCACUGGUGGUGCAGGUACCUACCUUUGCCCGCCGCUCCAAUGUCCUGACCGGGCUCCAGGACUCCUCAGCUGAUAAUCGCUCCAAGUUGGAGCUGGGCACGCAGGGCAAGGGCCAGGGCCACCAGUAUGAGCUCAACAGCAAAAAGCACCAUCAGUACCAGCCGCACAGCAAGGAGAGAGCAGGCAAGCCCCCACCACCAGGCAAGAGCGGCAAAUACUACUACCAGCUGAACAGCAAGAAGCACCACCCCUACCAGCCAGACCCCAAGAUGUAUGACUUGCAGUACCAGGGCGGCCACAAGGAGGCGCCGAGCCCCACCUGCCCGGACCUGGGCGCCAAGGGCCACGUGCCUGACAAGUGGGCCCAUGGCACAGCUGCCAAGGGAUACCUGGGGGCUGUGAAGCCUCUGGCCGGAGCAGCAGGGGCUCCAGGCAAGGGCUCUGAGAAGGGUCCCCCCAACGGAAUGACACCGGCCCCCAAAGAGGCGGUGACAGGCAAUGGCAUUGGGGGCAAGAUGAAGAUUGUUAAGAACAAGAACAAGAACGGCCGCAUCGUCAUAGUGAUGAGCAAGUACAUGGAGAACGGCAUGCAGGCGGUGAAGAUCAAGUCGGGCGAGGCAGCGGAUGGAGAAGCUCGCUCCCCCAGCCAUAAGAAGCGCCCUCCCGAGGAGCGACACCCCCCAACCGACAGGACUUUUAAAAAGACUACAAGCGGUUGCAGUUCCGAGGAGAAGAAGACCGAAACACCCUGCAAGAGGAGGGAGGAGGAGGCACCAGGCCUGGGGGACCCCCAACCCCAGGACACCAGCUCCCGAAAGCUCUCCCCAACAAAGGAGGCAUUCUCGGAGCAGCCACUGCAGCUCACCACCAAGCCUGACCUGCUGGCGUGGGACUCAGCUCGGAGCACGCACCCACCCACUCACCACCACCACCAUCACCAUCACCACCACCACCACACCACGGGCCUCAACCUCUCCCACGCGCGCAAGCGCUGCCUCUCGGAGACACACGGUGAGCGGGAGCCCUGCAAGAAGAGGCUGACUGCGCGCAGCAUCAGCACGCCCACCUGCCUAGGGGGCAGCCCCGCGGCGGAGCGCCCCGCAGCAGACCUGCCACCCGUUCCUUCCGCUGCGUUGCCUCAGCCUGAGGUCAUCCUACUGGACUCUGACCUGGAUGAGCCCAUAGACUUGCGCUGCGUCAAGACGCGCAGUGAGGCCGGGGAGCCACCCAGCUCCCUCCAGGUGAAGCCGGAGGUGCCUGCGACAGCAGCCAUGGUGCUGGCGCCGGUUACAGCGGCAGAGAAGCCUCCAGCCGAGGCCCAGGACGAGCCUACAGAGCCGCUGAGCGAGUUCAAGCCCUUCUUUGGAAAUAUAAUUAUCACCGACGUCACCGCAAACUGCCUCACCGUCACGUUCAAGGAGUACGUGAUGGUGUAGCCUGCGCGCCAGGGCCUUGGGUGGGGAGCAGCCCGGGAGCCUGGGGGACUCCUCCCUCCCCCACAGGAGCUGUGGUGGCCCCAGGGCGAGCCAAGACAGCCCAGGGUGGUGGCCCAGGCUCUGGCCAAGGAGGCCACCCAGUCUCGGCGGAGGUGCCCGCCAGGGCCUGUCUCUUUCCACUCGGUGCCUGGGGUCCACCCCCACUGCCCUUCCGGAAUUGGCCCGGCAGCCCCGGCAGCCAGCCGCACAGCGGUCUCAGAGUUAUAGUAUUAUAUUUUAACCGUGCUAACUUGUCAAGUGCUGACUCUACUCCCGUUUGUACGUGGUGUUAUUGAAAUGUAUUGUUUGAGCUCAAAAGGCCCGACCAUCCCCAUUCGGGCUGAUAUAUAUAUAUUUAUUUGUAGGUAUUUAUAUAUUGAAAUAUAAAAACCUAGAUUUAUGGAGUUUCUGCUAGAUUACGUUAUAUUCUAUAUCAAACAAACUAUUUUCUGUUGACCUUUCUUCCCCUUCUUUCAGUAUUUCGGUUGAUUCUUUCAUUUCCUCCCCUCCAGGAACUGCAGUACCAGUAACCUUGGUAUAUAUUUUUUGAUACUGUACACAUGGAUGUGUUGUUUCUAUGUGCAAAAAAAAAAAGUUUGUUAAAAGGCUAAACAAGCUCUCUAGAACCUGCUGCUACUAGAAAUGUCUAAACUAUAAGCUUCCAAUUAUUACCUGCUUGAAUGUAAAUAUUAAAUGGAGAUGUUGAAGGUGCA